UUAAUCUUAUGCAUACAUUUACUAGGUAUUUUGGUUGGAAUGAUCAGUGUUUCUGAUAUGGUGAAACCAGAAGCUCAUUUAGCAGUUUAUACUUUAUUGAAACAAGGUUAUCAAGUGAUGCUCUUAACAGGAGAUAAUAGAAAAACAGCUAGUGCUGUUGCUAAACAAGUGGGUAUUAAUAGAGUAUUUGCAGAAGUUUUACCAUCACAUAAAGUUGCUAAGAUUCGGGCUUUACAAGAGAAAGGCAUGCGGGUAGCUAUGGUAGGUGAUGGUGUAAAUGAUUCACCUGCUUUAGCGCAAGCUGAUGUUGGUAUUGCCAUAUCAUCGGGUACUGAUGUAGCUGUUGAAGCAGCCGAUGUUGUUUUAAUGAGGAAUGAUCUUUUAGAUGUUGUCAGUUGUUUGGAUUUAUCUAAUAGAACUGUUCAUAGAAUACGGUUAAAUUUCUUAUUUGCCAGUAUGUAUAACUUAAUUGGCAUACCUAUUGCUGCUGGUUUAUUUAGUCCUUUUGGUUUUACAUUACAACCUUGGAUGGCUGCUGCUGCAAUGGCUUUAAGUUCAGUAUCUGUUGUAGGAUCAUCACUUCUCCUCAAAAUCUAUAAGAAACCUACUAUGGUCUCUUUAACUACAUCUGAUUAUCUUUCAAGAUCACAAGGGGAAUUAGACACCGUUUCUAUACACAGAGGAUUAGAUGAUAUAGAACCAUCAACUAUGAUAAGAUCAUCAAAUUCUUCAACUUUAUCUAAGUAUGUUUAUGAUUGUUUUUUAUUUAUUUUUUUUAUAGUAUUCUUUAUGACAAAGAGAUAUUUCCAUAACUUAUUUAUACAAAUGAUUAAUCAUUUUUAAGUUAGUGUGUGUAUU